UACAUAUUCAGCAUGUGUGAUUAGAGCCGCCAUACAGUGACCACUUUCACUUUUAAUAGUCACGCAGUAGUCCACGCACAGUUUAGUCUGCAACUGUUAUUCGCUCCUGAAUGAGUGUUUUAGUUCAACUCUUCGACUGUAAUCCUCUAUUCGUCAAGGUUUAAAUGUGAUUUGAACAUCUUUCUAACGUAUAGUAUCAAGUGAAUCGGUCAUUGACAUUGAGCGCAGCCCAUUUAUUGACUGCUGUACUUACGUCACUGCUUUAUUUCAUUAUUAAUCACACUAAAUAGAAGAAUCAGCGCGGCGCGACGUUUUUAUGGGAAGCGCGCUGCGACUCGCGUGAAGUAUGACGCGCUUUGCAAAGCUGUUCUUGACUGCGUGUGGAAUUGCGUCGGUAUAUUUUCCUGUCCAAGCUAGAUACCCGUGUGUUCCUCGCGAUUUCGAUAAAGGCGGCACCGUAUGCGUGUGCAACUCAACUUACUGCGACACAAUCGAGCCAGCAGAAAGAGUUACCGCAGGAAAAUACCUUGUGUAUUCAUCGUCCAUUGAUGGCUUGCGGUUGGAAAAAUCAGAGGGGAAUUUCUCCGACAGCACACUUCCCAGCGGAGUUAAAUACACCAUUGACAGGAAUAGGACAUAUCAAAAAAUAUUCGGAUUUGGAACUGCUUUUACUGAUGCCGCUGGCAUCAAUUUGCUGAAACUUAAUUCCACAGACUCACAAGAUAAACUACUAAAGGCCUAUUUCUCGUCUGAAGGAAUUGAGCUGAAUUUUGGAAGAGUUCCUAUUGGGGGCUGCGAUUUUUCAACACACACCUAUUCGUAUGAUGACGUUGAAAACGAUACAAACCUCUCGAAUUUUAGCCUGACGAUGGAAGAUGACACGUUUAAAAUUCCGAUCAUAAAACGAGCACAAAAAUUCAGAGGCUCGUCGCUAAAAUUGCUCGCAUCGGCCUGGUCACCCCCAGUCUGGAUGAAAACUAACAACGAUUUUUCAGGCUUUGGUUUUUUGCACGAAGAGUUUUAUGAUGCUUGGGCAAAAUACCACAUAAAGUUCCUAGAUGAAUAUAAAAAGAACGGUUUAAAAUUCUGGGGGUUGACGACAGGAAACGAACCACUCAAUGGUAUUGUCCCAAUCAAUCGUUUCAAUUCGCUGGGCUGGAGUCCGCAGGGUCACCGGGAAUGGAUUGGCAACAACUUAGGGCCGCUUUUGCGAAAUUCAGAACACAACGCUACCAAACUACUAGCUCUGGACGACCAGCGAUUCCUAUUACCUUGGUGGCUCGAGCUGGUGUUUCAAAAUGAAGAUGCGAAAUCGUACAUCGACGGUGUUGGUGUACAUUGGUAUUGGGACACACUCUACCCUGCAACAGCUCUCAGCAGAACACACAUGAGAUACCCAGAAAAAUUUAUUUUAGCAACAGAAGCUUGCGUUGGCGACAAGCCCUGGGAUAGAGAAAAAGUGAUGCUGGGCUCAUGGACUAGAGGAGAAAUGUACAUUAAAGACAUAAUUGAGGAUUUGAACCAUUGGGUCACAGGAUGGAUCGACUGGAAUUUCGCUCUGAACCCGACAGGUGGGCCAAACUGGGCUAACAACUUUGUUGAUUCAGCCAUCAUCGUGGAUGAGGAGAAGCAAGAGUUUUACAAACAGCCCAUGUUUUACGCUCUCGGCCACUUCUCCAAGUUUAUCCACGAGGGCUCGAAAAGGGUACACCUGCAGCGGCAGAAGGGCCCCAGCGCUCUACAAACGGUCGCUUUCCUCCGACCCGAUCAGGCGAUGGUUGUCGUCGUGUUUAACGGGAGGGGAUUAGACGUGCCUCUAAUCCUGGUUGACCCGAAGAGAGGAACCAUCAGAUUUACAGCGACAAAACACUCUGUACACACUGUAAUUUACUGGUGAAAUUCUGUUGAAUAAAUAUUGGCUGUAAGUUUUCUUUGAUCAUAAAAGUCAGGAGCUUUAGUGGAAAAAAUAAUAUUUUAUUUUUAUCGGCACUUUAACAUUUAUUUUUGGAACGUGAAUGACCAAUUCAAAUACCAAAUC